GGGCGUGCCCCGCUCUGCUGAGGGACAGGGCCCUUCUCAAGGCUAAGGAUCUCUGCAGAGAACAGAGGGCUGGACAUCUAGUCAAGUCUGGAACCUAGACAGAAGCCGCAGCCCACAGGAGCAUCUACUCUGCCUACUCUAGCUUCACUACCAUCCCACCUCGUCUCCAUUCCUCCAGGCCAGCCAUGGACUCAGAAGCCAAAAAUGAAACGCAGCCCACACUUCCCCCUGGCUUUUCCUGUCCGUGGCCCGAAUGGCCGGAGCAGGAGAGGGCGGAGCAGCUGGCCAGGGGUGCAGCGCUAAAGUGGGCCUCAGGCAUCUUCUACCGGCCAGAGCAGCUGGCUAGGCUGAGCCAGUACCGUAGCCGUGAGGUGCAACGUACCUGUUCCCUGGAAGCACGCAUCAAGUCAGUGGUGCAGUCUUACCUGGAAGGUGUGCAGACUGGAGUGUGGCAGUUGGCUCGGGCACUAGAGGCUGUACAGGAAACUCAUGAGGCCCUGAGUCAGGCCCAUGAGCUGCUCCAGAGCUUGGCCCAGGCCUCCAAGAUCCUCCAGCCCCUUCGGGAGCGAGUUGCUCAGCACAAGCAACUGCAGGUCCUGUCUCAGUUGCUUCCCAGGCUGCAGGCAGUGCCAGCUGCAGUGGCCCAUACACAGACCCUGAUUGAUGCCCAACGGCUUUUGGAGGCAUAUGUGAGCCUGCGGGAGCUGGAGCAGCUGCAAGAGGAGACAUGGGGAGCGCUUGGGGGGCUGGAGUUACCAGUCUUCCAGGGGCUAGGCCUUCUGUCUGAAGCACUGGGCCAGGCUGUGGAGGCAGCUGCUGGGGCUGCAGGGCAGCUGGCACAAGAGGACCCAGCCCUGCUGGUGGCUGCUGUUCGUGUGGCAGAAGUGGAAGCUAGACGCACCACCCCCCUGGGGCAGGCUCCCCGAGACUGGCGGCAGCGAUGUCUCCAGGCACUACAGACAGGCCUAGAGCAGAUCCACUUUGGUACAACUGUCUUGCCAGAGCCAGGGGGCCUUGCAGGGUGGCUGGAGGGUCUGCAGGUGGCCCUGCCUGCUGAGCUGGCCAUUGCAGAGGCACUAGUAGCCCCCUGCUGUCCACCACACUACAAUAUAGUCCAGCUCUGGACCCACACCCUGCACAGUGGCCUGCGCCGCAGCCUGCAGCAACUCCUGGCAGGGCCUGAGCUGGGAGCUGCUGACGCCUUCGCCUUGCUGCACUGGGCACUGCACGUCUACCCCGGAAAGGAAAUGAUGGGGAACCUAGAGUUGGGGCCGGAGGCUGAUGUGUCCCAGCUGGAGCCCCUCCUGACCUUGGAGAACAUUGAGCAGCUGGAGGCAACAUUUGUGGCCAAAGUCCAGGCAAGUGUGGCCCAGUGGCUACAGAAAGCUCUGGAUGGGGAGGUUGCUGAGUGGGGCCGGGAGCAGGAACCCAAUACAGAUUCAUCUGGCUUCUACCACUCACCAAUGCCAGCCAUUGUACUCCAGAUCUUGGCUGAGAACAUUCGUGUGACCAACAUGGUCAGUGAAUCACUGCAGCAGCGGGUGCACAGCAUGGCCGUGUCAGAACUGGGCACAUUCCUGAGGAGCUUCAGUGACGCUCUGAUCCGCUUCUCGCGAGACCACCUUCGGGGUGAAGGCCUGGCUCCUCACUUUGUGCCUUACCUACUGGCUGCCUUCAACCACCAAUCAGCACUGAGCUCUUCACUGUCUGUCCUGCUGCCCGAUGGAGUCGCUUCAGGGAUCUUGGCUCCGGUAGAAGGCGCACUGGACGAGUUGCAGAGGAGGAUCUGCCGUCUAGUGUUGGAGGAGUUGCAGGUGGAGUUGCAGCCCAUGUUUGCGGCUUUGCCCUCGCGCCGGUGGCUGUCGAGCUCUGAAUUGUUGGACCGUGUGUGCGAGCAGACGUCGCGCUUCUGCCAAGACUUCUGGCGAGUGAGGAAACCCGCAGCUCAGCUGCUGCUGGCGGAGGCAGAGCGCACCGUGGUGCUGCAGUACUUGCGCGCGCUGAUGCAGGGCCGUCUAGUGUGCCGCGGCGCGGACGAGCGCACCCAGGCGGCCGAGCGCCUGCUGCACGACGCCGCUCAGCUCAAGGAGCUUUUCCUCGGUUUGGGCCUGGAAGAGAGCGUGCAUUGCGCGCCCGUGCUGCUCGCGCUGAGAGAACUGCUGAAUCUCAGCGACCCUACCCUGCUUGGCCUCGAGGUGGCAGGCCUUCGGCAACAAUUUCCCGACGUGAGCGAGGAUCACAUCUCCGCCCUCUUGGACCUGCGCGGGGACGUGUCCCGGGAGCAGCGCCAGGCUGCGCUCAGCUCCCUGCAGGCCGGUCCGCCGCCCUCGCCCUCCACCGGCCGUCGAGUACUCUUCAGCCUGGUGCCGGCGCCUGCGCCCUCGCUCUCCUCCUGCCUUCCCUCCGGCCCUUGCUCCUGAGGCUCCUCAAUCAGCAGAAUAAAGCCAUGUCCUCCUC